AGACCAUUUUUAAUUAUGGCCUUCCAAAAUGUAUUCUAACAAAUCUCCGGCUUUAUUCGACUUGUCUCUGUGCUUAUGUGUGGAUGCGUUUCUGUGUGCUGUAUCGACUGUAGUUCAAGCUGAUCUUUCCCCGCCUGGAUCGGUCCCAAUGAACUACAGUUCAGUCCGCCGAAUUGGAAUGAAAGAGGUUUUGCUUCCCUCUGCUGGAGAUGUAUCUUUGCUUCGCGUUCAGUGCAGCCUGUGCGUGUGUGUGUUAUCGACAACAGGCCACUGUAGGCUAUCCGUUAAAGUAUUGUGCCACAGUAGAUCUAUGGCAUACGGUAGAUCAGAGCAAGAAUAAAUUAGUUUUGUAUCAGGCGGUGUGGUGUCAUAACACAUAUGCGUGUAAGUGACAAGCUCAUAGAUUUUUAAAUAUGUAAACGGAAUGCAUUUCCUCCAGAGGCUAAUUGUUCGCAUCGGAAUUCCGCAGUUUAAAUAGUCAUGAUUCGGAAAUGAACUGCAAACGAAAAUGCAAAAUUCUAAAAAUGAACGUACACCGAAAGACCUGUUAUACAACAAGUACAUUCAAGCAAAUGUCCCGUCAUUUUAGCCGGAAAGAAGUUCCCAACGUUGCACGAUUUGCGAAUCUCUCCCGGACUCAGUAUAUGUCACAGUGACGUGACGUCACAGCCGGAAGUCAUGUUGAAAGAGCUACAGUAAACAGAAGGCCUGCCAGGCUGCUGCUAUAGCUGAAGACUGUUAGAUAUUUUUUUCUGCAUUUGCCGGAUUAUUAUUAAUAAUAUUUUCUCAGCACAGUUGCUGUGAGUUCACAUCACACGCAGUGGGCGCGCGACGCGGGGCCGAGAUGUUGAGCUUUCUCGGUCUUCGGAAGGAUUCUAAGAAGUCCUCGUCAGAGAAGGAAACCGACGGGUUUGUGAUAAUAGGUGAAACCGCAGAGGAGAAGAGACAGAAAGUCCAGAGCGUGAGCCACGCCACCAACGUCAUCGUCCUGCCCUCCAAGUCCUCCAAUGUGAAUCCAGCCCCUCCCACAUUACCGUACCAGCCCUCUCCGGCGCCCCCGGUGGCCGCUGCGGAGGCUGCGCCCUUUCUCCCUGAGCUGCUGGGAGACAUCCCCUUCACCCUGGCGCCCCACAUCCUGGCCAUGCAGACAGGGGUACCCCAGAUCCCCGACUUCAUCCUCACCCGCGACAUCAACGACAACCUGGCUAGCUUCCGCUACGACUUCACCCUGGAGAACUCCGUGCUCUGCGACUCCUAAUUCAUGCCCCACCCCUCUGGCCGCAAGACCCCGCCCCCUCCCCCAUGCUCCGCCCCCUUCCCCAUGCUCCGCCCCCUCCCCUUCCCCCAUGCUCUGCUAUGACUUCACCCUGGAGAACUCUGUGCUCUACGACUCCUAAUGCUGCUGGUGCCGCAGGCCCCGCCCCCUCCGGCCACAUGCCCUGCCCCCUCCCCCUAACCCUAAACCCCCUCCAUUUAUCCUCAUGACCCCCAGCCUUUUUGAAGCGGGUGGGGGAAGGUGCCUACCUCUACUGCUGUGCUGUUAGGGGGGGGGACCACAGUUAGUAAAUGUAGGGGCUGAUGCUAGGGCUCAGGACCUUUUCAGGUGAACGUGCUAAUGAAAUAAUUAAGAGGACUAGUUGGUGUGGAAUCCUGACGUAGAGAUCGACCCUCGUUCCGCACCCCUGAAGUAGACGCCAGCUAAGGGUAAAACCCCAAACGUUUAUUAGCGCGCGUGCUUGUAUCGUUCAGACGGUAGUUUUGUUGUGCGUUUUUCACUCCACUUUUGGGUUUCCGAGCGGUGUGUCAGAGCUGGUUCUGUGCCAAGCUGGCGUGCGGUGGUGAGCCGCUGUGCCACCUGUUCCUGACGUUUUUGUUAUCGUUUGGGGUUUUUUGCGGAAGGCGGAAUUACGAUAGCUGAUGCUUUGGGGGGUUUCGCAUCAAAGCAGCAAACUCUUCAACAAAAAUCUUAUUUUUUGUGUGUUUUUGAGCAUCCUUGCUGCAUAAAAGAAUCCAUGCUUUGCCCCGAUUUCAGCAGAAUGUUUACUCGGUGUACAUUUUGUGACUCUUGUGCUUUCAAAAAUAAGCCAUCGUUUAAAUUCUUUGUGUGGUUUGCAGAAAGACGCUGCGCAGUAUGACCAGCGAAGUCAGCUUUUGCAAAGCCCUCGAUAAAAUGGUUUAAUACAAAAAAAAGCUAUUUCUUUUGUACAAACACAAUUUAACACACAAAAAAGUAGUUUACAAGGUCACAAAACAAGCCCAAAUUACAGUUAGCAAGUGCAGCAUGUCCUUUUUGAAUCACAUUUAGUCUGGAAAUACAAUUAAUUAUCCCCCCCCCCCCCCCCCCCAAUUAUUUCAGGUGAAAUUACCUUUCUUCUGGAUUCUGUUUUCUCCGCACUAAUUAUGUUUAUCCUGUGCUGACGUUCUGCAGCUGGGUGCGUGCUGCAUGCCAAAGGGGCCACGCGUUUCACCCAAGACGACCGCGUGCUCAGACGUUUAAUAUUUUAGCCUUGUCAUCUUCAUACGCAGAAUCACCGCGUGCUCAGACGUUUAAUAUUUUAGCCUCGUCAUCUUCAUACGCAGAAUCACCGAGUGCUGAUAUUUCAUGAAUGUACUUUCCAAAAAAAAUUAACUUUUUUCAAGAUUUAAAUGAAAAGUAUUUAUAUUUUUCUCGUACCCAUGAAAGCCAAGUUUCUCUAGCGGUAGCACGCUAUUAUUUUGGUAAACAUUUUUGGUAAUUAUAUUUCUACAAAUCACUGGGCUUUUGCGUGAUUGUUAUUCAAGUUGUACUGUGGUUGAUAUUUGGUCAAAGCUACAAAUGGAAGCAGAAGUGCAGCGUUUGUUGUGUGCAUGUACUUACAUGUUCUGAUUUUGUGAUGCAUGUUUAUAUUCACUUAUAAUUUUCUUUUCUUUUUUUUUUGGCUGCAUGUUUAAGUGAAAUUGUGAGCGUUGUGUGGAUGGUGUGACUGCACGGGCUUGCGAACUAUCACUAAGAUGGUGGGGUACAGUCGGCCAUUUUGAAUUUAAAACUGAAGUGGUCAAAAGUUGCAUAACUUGCAUCAGUCUUUCUGCUGUCUUGAAACUGUGGUUUUUGUUGGCAUGACAACAAUUUAACAUUAAUAAUUCAGGUGUCCCCCAUUAUCCACACACUAGUCUGUGCCCCCUAAAUAUUGUGUACUGCAAUUUAGAGCAAGGAUAGGACGUCUUUAUUUACCGAGAAAUUCACAGGUUCGUUAAAAUGCUUCCACCUUUUUGUUAGUCAGUAACAGCACAUUUGUCUAAUUAAAUUCUGAAUGCUUCUGUGCCUUCACCAUUCAUGGGAGAAUAUAAAUUGUCACUGAAUGACACUUUAAAUGGUAGUAUUUUCAUAUUCUGCCAAGUUUACAUGGUUUGUAUAAUAGCGGGGGAAGAGAGUUGAAAGUGUUUAGUUUUCCUGUUUGAUUCUUUCUGAUUUCACUGUCAGGAAUUUCCUUCUUCUCAUUUUCCAAAACUGUAAAUGCAUUUAAAAUAUGGUUGUGUUGACAGUGAUAUUAUGAACUGUAGUAUUUAAACAGUUGUAUUAUUAAAUAAUUUAAUAAACAAAUUGCAAUCAAUACUUUAA